CCUAGGUAUUCACAAUUGGAGUUGCCCCCCAACCCUGCUAAUGGGUCGAAACACAAGAGGGAUUUGAAGGAACCUGGACACCCAAUUACAACCUCGUCUUUGGCUGAAUACAUCUCCCAAAUUGAAGCUGACAUCGCCGACGUUAGAUUUGUUAUCUGAAACCAAAAGCUUCUAAAUGAGAAUUAUGUGAAACUGGUGAAAGAGAUGAUAAAUCAGCAAGUUGUAUCACCCCACAUUGGAAUUAACUCUCCAAAAGUAGGGAAGACCACCAUGAUCGAAGGGACCAUUGGAAAAAGUGGAGCAACCUUAAGGACGUACAAGCGAUGAAGCGAAAGAAAAAUGCUAGUCCCACAACAACUGGGACCGAUCCUAAUUCUGACUAUCUCCCAAUUCCGACGCCGCCAUCUAGUCCAGAAGCAGCACCUUCCACUUGAAGUGCAGAAACAAAUAGAGGCAUUCUGGAUCGACCCCUACCCCAAAGGGAGAAACCCCAAAGGGAAGGAGGAAACUAUUUAACUCGGGGAGCAUUUCUGGGGUGGGCCAGAGCAAGAGAGAAAAGACUCACAUCACUAGCAGCUCCAUCCCAGUAGUCCAAUAAGCUGAACAACAAAACUUCCUGCAGAUUCGUCAUGUCGAUAGGAGCCAGUAGGGGAAGGAGAUUGGGGAAAAUAACCUUAUGCUUAAUAACUGGUGUAUAAACCAUAAUAUUUGGAUUUUGAGAAUUAUUUAAUAACUGCACACGAGAUUCUCCUUACAGGAUAUGUCAUUAACUUUCUUCCCCACGAAGGACAUGAAGAUUGUAGGCCUUGAUCUAUGCGCUGCGGCAUACAUAUUCAACACGAAACUUGACCAAGACAAGCUUCUUGUUCGAAGCCCGCACUGUACUAUUACCAGGGGUUCUCUCAGAACUCUGCAGUCAAGGAAGUCCGUGGUCAACGACAUGCUGAUUCUGCUUGCCUGCAUGCUGGCUGGAAACUCCACUAGGAUUCAUUGGUUCUUGCCGACAACCUUCUCACAAAUUGCCACUGGAAGGGGACCAAUUCCGCAUGCGACACUGAAGGCCAUCCGGGAGGAUUUUAUGGGCAAAGCCAAUCGGGUAUGCAAGAUUUAUUGUCCCAUUUGGUGCAUGGACAUUAGUUUCUGUUUGUGAUUGACGUCAUUCGUAGACAGUUUGUGUACCUAGACUCCCAAGCCUCAGAAGAUGAUAGACCUAAGCGGCUUCAACAGCUUAAAAAAGUGGCAUGGUCUAUCAAUCCGCGUUAAAACUAAUUUCUCCAUUACAUUUUAUUCAAAAAGCAACAUUAAUAAUUAACUUUUUGUGCACGGCCUGAUGCAACAAUAAGGCCAUCUUCAUGGAGGAGGCGCUAGACAGUGAUGAUUGGUAUGAUGACUCGACAAAUCCUAGGAUUCUGUGCAGUGACUACGAGAUAAUAGAGCCUAAGGUCAGCAGGCAGGACCCCAGAAGGUACCCCUACACUCCAUCUACUUCUGCUGGGGCUAACUCAUAGUUAUGAUCUGCAAAGAAAGACUUCAUAUCUUCCACUUUCCACACCUCUUGUUUAGAUGAACCACAAACCUAGCAUUACAAUUGGUUAUUGUAAUUUGUUUUUGUGCCCGCUGUCUAUCAGUCCUCUCAUAAUGUUUCUUAUCGCGCAAUCCUUCUCUAUUGCUAAAGAAAAAUUUUCUCACAACAUUACCUUCAUUAUCUUUCUCUAAAUCUCCCUUUCGAACCGCAAACCCAGUAACCCGUGCAUAUUCCACAUACCUUGCAUAUGCCUCCUCAACCGAAUCGAACUCAGCAAUAGCCAAAUCUUCUGUUGUUACCCCUGCCUCGCAGGAAUUGGAAUGAUUUGGUUCUUCAACUGAUCUCACCAUCACCGAACUAGAUCUUUGAUCUUUUGCAUCAUCUGCUACCUUACUACUUUCUUCAGUAUCCAACAAUGUCAUGUUGACUUCUUCUGGUUGUCCCGACUCAAGCCCUAGUGUCUCACAUUCGUCAGUCUUCGAUUCCGUGUUCCAUCCGUCACUCCACUGCUCAGAGAACUCUGAGCUACUUUCUGAAUCACUGUCCAUCUCACGCCACCAAAUACCUGAAUAGGCAAAGAAUUUGUCAGCUGGCAAGUCAGACAAAAAUAGCAUGGUAACUAGGCAUAAAACAUACAUCUCGAAAACCUUUAAUUAGCAUCCAAAAGAACCAACACAAGGAUCUACUUAUACUGUGUUUAGAACACCUUGAGAAUAGCUAUCCAUCAAGAAAAAAAAUUUUUUAUUUGGUUUGGAGUACAAGAAAAAUAUCAUUUUCAAAUCUCAAGUGAAUUUCAAUUCUCACUUAAUGUUCAAACUAAAUCAGACCAAAAAUUAUCUAAUUGCAAGUUUAUUAUUACUAAAUAUUGAAAUGUCAAAAUUAUUCUUAAUAAACAAAUAAAGAAAAGACAAAUAGAUAACCACAAGGAUAA